GCCUAAUUUGAUACCCUACCCUUCCUCUAUACCUCUUCGGAGAUUUCAUCUCCCCCACCUAACAUCAUGAACACCGACAAGUACACAGACAAGGCCAACAAGGCCUUACAAGAUGCGCUAGAACUCACCAUCGAACACUCGAACGCCGAACUAUACCCUGUUCACCUCGCAGUUGCUCUCCUUGACCCCUCACAAAACGAAGAUGACGGGCCAUCGCUCCACCCCUCUCACGGAGAUUCCACCUCUCUCUUCCGCCAAGUCGUUGAACGCGCGCAUGGUGACGUUCAGCUCCUCCACCGUGGUCUUAUGAAACGGCUCGUCAAGCUUCCGAGCCAAGACCCUCCGCCAGAGACUCGUAGCAUCUCUGCGCCCUUCCGAAAAGUUCUCACAGCUGCGGCCGAUUUGUCCAAAACGCAGAAGGACAGCUACAUCGCCGUGGAUCAUCUGAUCCAAGCUGUAUGCCAGGAUUCAACCGUUCAAGCUGCUCUCAAAGACGCCAAUGUUCCGAACGUCAAGUUGAUUGAUAAUGCUAUCCAGCAAAUUCGAGGUACAAGGCGGGUAGAUUCGAAGACGGCAGAUGCUGAGAGCGAAAAUGAAAACCUCAAGAAAUUCACAAUCGACAUGACGGCGCUGGCCCGAGAGGGUAAAAUUGAUCCUGUUAUUGGCCGAGAAGAGGAGAUUCGUCGUGUGAUCCGUAUUCUCAGUCGGCGAACCAAGAACAACCCGGUACUGAUCGGCGAGCCUGGUGUUGGUAAAACAACAAUUGUUGAAGGACUCGCUCGUCGGAUUGUCAAUGCAGACAUUCCAGCUAGUUUGUCUCAGUGCAAACUUCUUUCUCUCGAUGUCGGCUCACUGGUUGCUGGAAGCAAGUACCGCGGCGAAUUCGAAGAGAGAUUGAAGGGUGUCCUCAAAGAGAUCGAGGAGUCCAAAGAAACGAUCGUUCUUUUUGUCGACGAAAUCCAUCUUCUCAUGGGUGCAGGCGCUAGCGGCGAGGGUGGAAUGGAUGCUGCCAAUUUGUUGAAACCUAUGCUUGCUCGCGGACAGCUGCACUGUAUUGGAGCAACGACGCUUGGUGAAUACCGAAAGUACAUCGAGAAGGAUGCCGCAUUCGAACGACGAUUCCAGCAAGUGCUCGUUAAGGAGCCCACUGUCUCUGAGACCAUCUCGAUUCUUCGUGGUUUAAAGGAGAAAUACGAGGUCCACCACGGAAGCGUGCGAAUUCUCGAUGCCGCUAUCGUCACCGCAGCUACCCUUGCUGCACGGUAUCUCACGGCCCGUCGACUGCCUGAUUCGGCGGUCGAUCUCAUUGAUGAGGCUGCUGCUGCCGUCAGGGUAGCCCGCGAAUCCGAACCGGAGGCUCUUGAUAACCUUGAGCGUAAGCAUCGACAGCUCCAGAUCGAGAUUCAUGCUCUCAAGCGUGAAAAAGAUGAGGCUUCCAAAGCCCGUCUUCAGGCUGCCGAGCAGGAAGCGGCCAAUGUUAUUGAAGAGCUGCGGCCUAUGCGUCAGAAGUACGAAAGUGAAAAGCAACGUAACAAGGCCAUCCAGGAUGCCAAGACUAAAUUGGACAACCUGAAGAACAAGCAAGAGGAAGCCGAGCGAUCCGGUGACACCGAAACCGCAGCAGAUCUGAAAUAUUACGCUAUUCCUGAGACCCAGCAACACAUUGAAAUGCUGGAGAAGCAACGGGCUGAAGCUGAUGAGGAGCGCCGCAACCGUCAGGGCGAUGCUGGAGAGCCGCUGCUAGCUGAUGAAGUCGGUCCUGAUCAGAUUAACGAGAUUGUCGCUAGGUGGACCGGAAUUCCUGUGACAAGACUCAAAACCUCAGAGAAGGACAAACUAUUGGAGAUGGAAAAGCACCUAGGCAAGAUAGUUGUUGGCCAAAGGGAGGCUGUGAAGUCUAUCUCCGACGCCAUUCGUCUCCAACGGUCUGGCCUCAGCAACCCUAAUUCUCCUCCAAGCUUCCUAUUCUGCGGUCCGUCCGGUACGGGUAAAACGCUGCUUACCAAAGCUUUGGCGGAGUUCCUCUUUGAUGACCCCAAGUCCAUGAUCCGGUUCGAUAUGUCCGAGUAUCAGGAGCGGCACUCUCUUAGUCGCAUGAUCGGCGCACCCCCUGGCUAUGUCGGCCAUGAUGCAGGCGGCCAGCUGACUGAGUCACUUCGCCGCCGACCAUUCUCCAUCCUCCUGUUCGACGAGGUCGAAAAGGCAGCCAAGGAGGUGCUUACUGUUCUCCUCCAGCUCAUGGACGACGGCCGCAUCACUGACGGCCAAGGCAGAGUCGUCGACGCCCGCAACUGCAUUGUUGUGAUGACAUCUAAUCUCGGCGCCGAAUACCUAGCCCGCCCAACGACCAAGGACGGUAAGAUCGACCCUCAGACACGCGAACUGGUCAUGGGCGCUCUCCGCAACUACUUCCUCCCCGAAUUUCUCAACCGUAUCUCCAGCAUCGUCAUUUUCAACCGCCUCACCAAGAAGGAAAUCCGCAAAAUUGUUGACCUCCGGCUCGAUGAGGUCCAGCGCCGCCUCGAGCAAAAUGGCCGCAACGUCGUCAUUGAGUGUACUGAAGAGGUUAAGGACUAUCUCGGCCAGUCAGGCUACUCGCCAGCUUAUGGUGCCCGUCCGCUAGGACGCAUCAUCGAGCGCGAGGUCCUCAACCGCCUCGCCGUCCUAAUUCUGCGUGGAAGUAUCCAAGACGGUGAGGUUGCUCGCGUAGUUAUGCGCGAUGGCCGGAUUGACGUUAUUCCCAACCAUGAAAUGGCCAUUGAUGAAGACCAGGACAUGACAGAUGAGGACGACUUCGAUGCCAUGGCCGAAAUGGAAGACAACGGCGGAGAUAUGGAUUUGUACGAGUAAAAAGUUUCAUGUGGCAUAAUGAUUUACGACGAUUAUUCUUUACAAUUUGUGGUUUUGUUUUUGGGAGAAAGGCGUUCUUGAUCUUUUCUUGUGCCAAGCCUAGAGCGAUUUGUCCUAUAUAUACUAGUAGUGUUGGACAUCAGACUCCUAGUUGAAACUUGACUUUUUCUGAGAGACUGAGCUACUAGUACUUAGCUACCUAAUAUAUAUAUACAUUUGUACCGAA